AUGGAUUUAGAAGACAAGUUCCUUGUCAAAGUUUCUGGUGUUCAAAGCCUUUCUUCCAGUGUGCAAAGUACUCCAGAAAAAAAUGGCCAUUCAGAUGAUGCUUCGAGAAGUUCAGAACUCCUUCAGGAAUUCAUGAAACAUGGUCCAAAAAAGGAACUUCUUCAAACGUGCUUUGAUAAGGACAAAAAGAACACAUCUUCAAAAAACAGGAUGACUGAAGGAAAGUCAUCUGGUAAGGAUUCUGAUUUUGGACAUCCGAGCACUUGGAUCUGUAAAAAUGCUGCUUGUAGGGCAGUUCUAUCAAUGGAUGACACAUUUUGUAGGCGAUGCUCUUGUUGUAUCUGUCACCUUUUUGAUGAUAACAAGGAUCCUAGUCUUUGGUUAGUAUGCACAUCUGAAUCUACUCUAGGGGACUCCUGUGAAUUGUCUUGCCAUAUCGAAUGUGCCCUUCAACAUGAAAAAGUGGGAGUUGUUGAUCACGGGCAACUGAUGCAACUGGAUGGUGGUUAUUGCUGUGCCUCCUGUGGUAAAGUUACUGGGAUACUUGGAUGCUGGAAGAAACAGCUAAAUAUUGCAAAAGAUGCCCGUCGUGUAGAUGUACUCUGUUAUAGGAUAUAUAUGAGCUACAGACUUCUGAAUGGAACUUCAAAAUUCAAAGACCUGCAUCAAAUGGUUCAGGAGGCAAAGGCUAAACUGGAGACAGAAGUUGGUCCUCUUGACGGAGUUUCUGCCAAAAUGGCACGAGGCAUUGUCAGCAGACUCCCUAUUGCCAGUGAUGUACAGAGACUCUGCACUCUUGCUAUUGAGAAAGCUGAUAGCUGGCUGGCCACUGCUCCCAAUUUAAAUCCAGGUUCCAAAGAGGGUUCACUUCCUGCUCCUUGCAAGUUUGUUUUUGAAGAGGUAACAACUUCCUCCGUCAAAAUCAUUUUGAUUGAAAUGUCAAGUAUAUGUUCCAAGGAUAUUAAGGGGUACAAGCUCUGGUAUUACAAGAGUCGGGACGAGCCACACACAAAGGAUCCUGUUUCUGUGUUUCCCAAAUCUCAGAGGAGGAUUUUGAUAUCCGACCUUCAACCGUGCACGGAAUAUACCUUUCGAAUUGUAUCUUACACUGACAUGGGUGACCUGGGUCAUUCCGAAGCUAAGUGUUUCACUAAGAGCAUCGAGAUAAUUCAACAUAAAAUCUCUAAGUCUGUUGCUUCGAAUCAUAAAAAACUGAACUCUCAAGCCGGGGGUGAUUUUUCCACAAUCACAGGCCCCAGAUUUAAGGUUCAAGACCUUGGGAAAAUUUUGCGUCUUGCUUGGGCUCAAGAACGUGGUUACUUUGAGGAGUGUUGCUCCGCUGAUGUGAAAAAUUGCUGUGGACAAGGUGAAAUGAACAAGCCUAAAAUUUCAGAAACGUGGUUUCCUUCAGAUUCGCGAGGCCUUGAUUUAAAUGUUGUUUCAGUUCCUGAUUUGAAUGAAGACCUAACACCUCCUUUUGAGUCUUCCAGAGAUGAAGGCAUUGGUUGCACUUUACUGCAGGCUGUAGAGGCAAUUGAUGAUGCUGCUUCUCAUGACCUACAGAAAAAUGAUUUAGCAAGAUCACAUAGGAGUGGCGACUCACAAACUUGGGCUCAUGGCCCAAGAGAAGUCUCAGCUGUUGAUUCUCGUGUAUAUGCGGCAGGCAGGAAAAGGUCUGCGAGCACAAAUGAAGAAGGACAUGACUGCGACAGCACUUUAAUAAAUGGUUCUCCUUUACGUAUGCCUGACAGUUCACGUUCCUUGGAUGAAAACUUUGAGUAUUGUGUGAAAGUAAUCCGUUGGCUAGAGUGUGAGGGUCACAUCAAACAGGAGUUUAGGUUGAAAUUGCUAACGUGGUUUAGUUUGAGAUCAACCGAGCAGGAACGCAGGGUGGUAAAUACCUUCAUUCAAACUCUGAUGGACGAUCCAAGUAGUUUGGCAGGGCAACUGGUUGACUCUUUCUCUGAUAUUGUAUCCAGCAAGAGGCCAAGAAAUGGAUUCAGUAGUAAGGCCGGGGCAUCAAAAUAA